AUGGGCCGAAUAUUAUUCCCCGUGUGGACGGCAGCAGUCAGCGCUGUUGCCGCCUAUGCGACUACUUCUCCCUCAAACCACCCCGACAUCAACAGUGCCCACGAGAAUGCAUUUGCCAUCUUCAACUCAAUCCACUCUGCGAUGCGCCAGUGGGGCUCGUCAGUUAACCACAACGGCCUGUCGUUUUAUCUCGCCACGGCGCCCGAGGGCAGCAUAUUUUACCACGGGGGAUUCAGCCCAGACCGGCCGGACAGCUUUGAGUGGCUGGCCUUUGAGGUGGAGCAUGCUGCUCAGUUCGCUGCCUCGUGGGAGUUCACACAAGACCCGAGCCUUCAGAUCAGAUCGGGUUCGACGGGUUUCAAUGAGACGGCCUGGAAGGCUCUACUCAGCCACCGAAGGUCUCAUGCCAGGCCGGCGUCUGACGCCACUUAUGCCUCGCCCAUUGGUGACGGAUCUUUCUCGCAGCGUCCCAUGGCAACGGUGGACGACGACGGCGACGACGACGGCGACAAAGACCCCCAGCCCAGCCUACACCCGCCAUUCGACGAGCUAUGGCGCGGCUACUUCCACGUCUACCGCGCCAACCGCCCCCUAAACCUCCUCUACAUAGACGGCCAAGCCGCCGCAAAGGGCCCCCUCGGCCCCCAGGACAGCCAGGACCUGAUCCUCCUGGGCCACGCGCACCCCGGCCCCGGCGCGCCGACCUACGGGGAGUGGCCGCGGGCCGAGGGGCUCUGCGACCUCGCGGGCGAGUGGCCGGCCCCGGGGGUAGGGGGAGGGGCCAGGAUCGACGGCUUCAUACGCAUGGAGUGCGGCUUCGAGAUCAUCUACUGCGACUUCUCGGAGCGCGGCGGGCUGGACCGCCUCUCGGUGCAGUCGAGCUCCUUCAGCAACGAGACGGGGCUGGCGCCGUACCAGGUGGCGCCCGCGUUCGAGUGGAUGCGCGCCUGCGCGGCGCGGUUCCACGGGCUCCCCGCCGGCCGGGUGGACGUCGACUGGAGCAGCAUGGUGUCGGCGUACUUCUACCCCGUCAACAUCUCGAACCCGGACCCGCACAGGCGGGACCUGCCCAGGCUGGCCAACGCCACGCUGCAGAGCAGGCUGGGGGUGCGGGACAGGCUGAGGGACGUCUUCGCCGCGCGGGGCGGUGAGGAAGUGCCGCGCAGGGAGGUCGUGAACUGGCAGGGCGUGGUCGACAGCAUCGUGACGCGCUUCAGCGGGCGGCUGGGGUACAUUGCGAGCAGCCGGUGGUCACACGAUGGCCUCCUCCUCGCCGUCGGCACCAUACUCGACCCGUACAUCAGCUACACGGACCGCAGCCCCGCGUCCGAGCAGCGCGCCGUCGACCGUUGCGCGCGGCACUACCUGGAUCCGUCCGCACUACGGCCCGAGACCUGGACGCCCGAGGACCACGCCAUCGCGGCCGCGGUUGAGCGGGUGUCGCGGGAUAUCUGCGACUCUCUGUUCGUUGCCCGACGUAUACUUCGGGCGAGCCGUGGAGAAGGGGUCGAUCUUGACCCCCUCGUGGAGGAGGCACAGCAGACCAUCGUCGAGCUCACCGAACGGCUGCGGUGGAGCACGUGGAGGGAGUGCGGCAGGUGCCCGUCCCCGGACGAGAUCUGCAGCAUCCCCAUGUUCCCGAUGGGCGUGUCUGAGGAGGAUUACUUCCACCCGAGCUGCAAGAACAUCAGUGCGCUUAUGCAGGACUUUAGCUACUGGCAGAGGGAGUUCCACAUCCCUGGUUGA